GUGGCGUCUGUUAAUUUGUCUCCUGAGCUCAAGUACUGGCUAUUUAACAUGCUUUUUAUUCUGUAUGUGCUUCAAGUCAUGGUCCCUCUGGGGUCUUGUGAACUCGUUCCAGCGAUGUUCGACCCUGUGACAAAGCAAGUGUAUUACAAUCCUCAAGCACAGUCACAAGUGAACGGUGCCGGCACUAACCAAGGCUUAGUGAUGACUGUAGCGCAAGACGUCAAGGUUGAGGCUACAAGCCGAGAGAGCAAAUCGGAGAACUUUGGAGUUAACCUAGGGCUAGGAGACGCCCCUUUGAUAGGACUGAAUUAUCAAAAGGCUAAAAUCAAGGAAACCAGACUGGAAAACCAUCAUCAAGUGAACAUAGCAAUUAAAAUCCCAGGAGAAUGUAGCGAGGGCUGCAGGGAACAGGCAAACAAAGCUUUCGAUAUUGCAAAGAAUGCGCUUUAUGGUGGAUCAAAACAGAAGCAAGUCAACUGA